GAGCCGGGUUGCCUCUACGCGGCUGUCCGCCUCAUUCUCAGAGCAGGUCCGCGAAUUGUCGGCGCGCUCCGGGCAGCUGCUGAGCCGGGGCUACCAUCGGGCUUGUAGUGCUCCCUCCGAGGUGCCUGCCGGAGCUAAUGUGCCCCGGUCGGCCAGGGCUAGAGCUGUCGCCGGUUCGGGGCAACUUGGGAUUCAGGACUCGCAGCAGGGGCGUCGGUUUGCGAUCGGGACUCGGCUACGAGGAUACUGCUACAUGAGACUCCUCUUUGAUAUCAGUGUAAAUGACCAGAGAGUCGAGUAUACCAUUCUACUUUGACCUCAGUCAGAACCCUGAGCCUGCCUGUGACAAGAGAUGGAAAUCCUGUAUGAAUGUGGAAGCCAUUAGCAGAGUAAUUGCUGUCUGUUACCAUGACAACCAGCCGCUGCAGUCACCUGCCCGAAGUGCUGCCAGACUGCACCGGCUCUGCUGCGCCCGUGGUGAAGACUGUGGAGGACUGUGGCAGCCUGGUGAAUGGGCAGCCGCAGUAUGUCAUGCAAGUUUCCGCUAAGGACGGGCAGCUGCUGUCAACAGUAGUGCGGACCCUUGCCACCCAGAGUCCCUUCAAUGACCGGCCGAUGUGCAGGAUCUGCCACGAGGGCAGCAGUCAAGAGGACUUGCUCUCUCCGUGUGAAUGUACAGGGACCUUGGGGACAAUUCAUCGGAGCUGCCUGGAACACUGGCUGUCGUCCUCAAACACCAGCUACUGUGAACUCUGCCACUUCAGGUUUGCAGUCGAGCGCAAACCCAGGCCGUUAGUGGAGUGGCUCAGAAACCCAGGUCCCCAGCACGAGAAGCGGACUCUGUUUGGAGACAUGGUGUGCUUCUUGUUCAUCACCCCGCUGGCCACCAUCUCGGGCUGGCUCUGCCUGCGGGGCGCUGUGGACCACCUGCACUUUAGCAGUCGGCUCGAAGCCGUCGGACUGAUUGCACUCACUGUUGCACUCUUCACUAUUUACCUCUUUUGGACACUAGUGUCAUUUAGGUACCACUGUCGAUUGUACAACGAAUGGCGUCGGACCAAUCAGAGGGUGAUUCUCCUCAUUCCAAAGUCUGUCAACAUCCCUUCCAACCAGCAGUCCCUGCUGGGCCUCCACUCUGUCAAGAGGAACUCAAAGGAGACAAUUGUUUGAUGUUUGUGUGUUUUUGGGUGGUUGAUUUGUUGUUUGGGGUUUGGAAGUUUCUGCACUGGGGCCAUGCACUGAGCCACUCCCAAACCCUUCCUCAAGCCUGUGGGUCGAAGAACAUCCAGAGCCAUGUAAUCACAUCGCCCUGACCAAUGGACUCCGCCCGAAGAAAGAGAAUGCUCUUUGACUUCAAAUCAUGGAUGCUGCAAUCAUAUGAUAUUUGCUAAGCUGCCAAACAUGUUUAUUUAGCAGAUAUGGAAUUUUCUGAACACCUCUUUCACAUGUGAGGAAGGUUGUCCUGCUAAGGAUGCAAUUCAAUUCUUCCUUUUUUAUUACUAUUUCAAAUAUAAAUAUAUAUAUAUAUAUUAAACUUAGAUGAUAAUCAAAAUUGAAAAGCCGAUGUUAAAACUGGUUUCCUGGUGUGAAUGGGUUUUGUUUGGGUUCAUUGGUUUGUUUCCCAGUUUUUACUGUAGAUUCUUUGGGGUAAUUUGAUAGCUUGAGUGGUCUUUUCCAUCUCUUCCAAGUCCCUUCCUCAAGGGGACAGCAUAACUGCAGGACAAGUCAUAUUUGAAGGAUGUUUUAUACUAAAAUCCAUUUAAUUAUUCAGUUUUUAAAGAAAAAAAAAAGGCGUGACAACUCUCCCCACAGUGAACUGUUUAUUUAAACUUCAGUAAGGAGAAAAACAAUUUAUGGUGAGAAGCACGCUCCUUUCAACUUGUUUGGUACUGACAGCUGAUAGAAGCUAUUUUCUAAUAAUAAAUACCCAGUGUGUGAAAGACAAA